UUUUUUUUCUCAUACUUUUCCUAUAGAUUGCGUUCAAUGCCAGACAAUCUCGACGGCGUACGCGAGUCCAACUCCCCCGUGCCCACCCCAUAUGACAGUCACGACGACAACGAGGCAUGCCAAGAGCCACCUCCCGCUGACAAGGAAGCUGGCCAGCACAGCAACAAGCAUCAUGCGACCGCGCUGACGCCAAUGGCCACCAGCAGUUUUGAGACCGACCUGUCAUCGCCGCUUAGAAACCGCAACGAAGACCGCUCUGGAGUAUACAAGAGCGAUCCAAAGUAUCAAAAGUACGUGCAGUUGGUCGAACGUAACCUGCAGUCAUUCGACUAUGUCAGCGAGUGGGCCGACGUCACAGCUUUUCUUACAAAACUGAGCCGUGCACUCGAAAUCUACCAAAAGUUCGCCAUCGUGCCGCACAAGGAAACGGUGGCCAAGCGCCUGGCACAGUGCCUGAACCCGGCUCUGCCAACGGGUGUGCACCAAAAGGCACUGGCGCUAUACGCCCAGAUCUUCAAGCAGAUUGGGCCACAGCAGCUGGUUGUUGAUUUGCCAUUGUACUCGUACGGCCUGUUUCCCUUCAUGCGCAAUGCAUCAAUGAAGGCGAAGCCGCAGCUGAUCGAGAUCUUCGAGCAGUUCUUCAUCCCGCUGGGCGCCAGCCUGCGCGCAUGCAUGAAGAGCUUCACCAUGGGGCUGCUGCCUGGCCUGGAGGAAGGCUCGAAGGACGUGUUUGACCGUGUGAUGAAGCUGCUCGACAAACUCAGGGACACAGUGGACCCGGCGUUCUUCUUCCCCACCAUGUUCCUGAUCAUGAUCACAAACGCAGAGCAGCGUGAGAGUGCAUUGAAGUACCUGGCCCAGCGUCUACCGGUGUUUUCACAGCAGGAGGACCUGGAUCAGAUUGCAGGCGAGGAUUCGUCUCUGAUGGUGCGCGCGCUGGCUGCAACCUUAUCGGAUUCCAAGACCCUGGUGCUGCGUGCCGCUCUGGAUCUGGUCAUGACUCGCCUACCGCUCAGGACGAAUGUGCUGGGGGAUAAGGACUUGGCACUGCUGAUGAAGCAUGCGUCGGAGGUCGUUUUGAAAAAGGACAUGUCGCUAAACCGCCGCCUGUACACGUGGCUUCUAGGCCAGGGCGAGACUGAGGCCGAGCAGUCAGCGUACUUUGCAGAAUACUCGCAAGGCGCUCUGACAAACGCCCUUCUGGGUUCAUUUGCCGCAUUGAGCUCCAACCCCGACCAGCAGCACACGGUCCUCAGAGUCCUGAUCGGGCUGAUCGAUAGACCUGACAUCUCGCAGCCCAUUCUCGAUGCAAUCUUCAUCCCUCUUUUGCGCCUGCUCCUUUCAGAGCGGGAUGCGGCUACGGAGAAAGCGUUGCCAGCAAGGCUGGCCAGCGUGUCACGCAUGUUUAUGGAAAUGCUCGAUCCAAUCUUUGUCUGGUCUCAAAUCAUCAGCCAGCUGGUUGGACCAGUGGUUGGAUCCGGUGCCCCGCUCAGCAUAGAGACGAUGACGCGCUCCCUGCAACUCCUGUUGUUCUUUGUGCAGACAUUUGAUCUUGACGACGACGCUACGCUACAUGUCCACUUGCCUAUGGCCCUGCUGACGGUGCUGGCAACCCUGCAGCGCGUAUUGGAUCUCGAUGAGGUUCGGAGAAGCCCGCAGAUCGCCUGCUACUUUACACGCAUCACCAUUGACAUUUUCACGCGUAUCCCCAAAGCAGCCUUUUCCGCCAGCGAAGACGACUCUGCCAAGGCUGUCCCGGUGGAGCAGCUAUUCGAUACUACACGUAUGUUUUACCGCAUCCGCAAGCCUGAGGAUCCCGAGGAAGUCGACGCUGUCCAGAUUGACAAGUCUGCAGCAGAGGUUGUACGCGGUUCGGGACUGCUGAUAUCGAUAAUCCGCCUGAGCAAAAGCAUUGUGGCCAAGCUCGGCAGCCAGGCUGUUGCAGAAUCUGCGGGCACCUGCCUGUUCCUGACCAUGGCGCUGGAGGACACCUGCCACAUCAUGCGCACUGCCGCUACAUACUCGCACAGCCUGCUGAAUGACCCGACGCUGGCCAAAAUGCGAGCUACCGCUUCCCAAGCAAGUGGACAGCGAACACCCGGAUGCCUGGGUGCCGGUGCUGAUUUCAACCUUCGCUAUAUCCACACAUUGCUGGAUUUUGCCGACCACAAAUCCUUGCCCGUCAGUACUCUGGCUGAUCCGUCAACGCUGCAUCCGUUUGUUGAGAAGCUGUGGAACUCGUUGAAGCCCGAGAACAUGCCAAAUCAUUUCCGUGCCUCGCAGCUUCUGUACCAGCUGCGCAAGCAGGUGGAUGCACGUGGAGUCGAGCGGCAGCUGGCUGGGUUGCUAGGGGCUACCAGCUUGGAGGACAACGAGUAUUCAGACGAGCUCUCACGUUAUUCUGUGUUCUGGUACAAUCUGCGCAUGAUUCAGCGCGAGGUCGAUGACUACGACCCUCUGACAUUUGCCAGGCUGCUGCUUCUGGUGUUGGAUAAUGCAACGGCUACCGGGGAUUCCAUGACCGAUUUGCAGCGGCAUAUGGCGUCCAAGGCAUGGAUUGAUGCGUCGUCGCUGGAGUGGGAGCAUAUUCUGGAAACACUUGUGUACCUUCUUUUGCUGAGUGUUCGUACACACAAGCACCGGUACCAGACCACGCUAUCAAUGGGAAACACGUCGGUGCGCCAGGAGUAUACACGAGAAUUCGAUUACGGCCGGAUCAACUAUUACAUCGACACUAUCCAGCGAACCCCAAGUGUCACUGACGAGUGCGAAGCAUUUUCAGACAAGACUGCAACAUGGAUGCAGCUACUUUGUGCAGCUGUUGCUGAAUUCGCCUUGACCGACGCCCCUGCCUCUGGCGUAGCGACUAGCACGCGCCAUGCAGUUGAGGCACCUGUGACCGCUAGAUCCGAGCAGACAAUUGUAUCUGCUGCUGCCAGCAGCCAGGAGCGAGCUGGGCUCGGUGGUGUUUCGGACUCUCCCCUGUUUGCGCGUUCUGGUUCUGGCUGCGCUGACGUUGCAGCUGGAUGUCGCCGCGCUGCGCAAGAGCAGAUUUCAGCAGUCUCCCCGGCGAACCGCAACGACGAUUUGGAUCCUAUGACCACGCUGGUGGUCCCAUGUGUGCAGUCCUUGCGCCUGCUUCUAUCGCAAUGUGCCGAGUAUUUUGCGCGCUCCAACGGAUUGCAGCACGAACAGCAUCUGUCGGUCAAACACCAACUGUCCAAGCGCAUUCUGCCACUGUUUGCCAUCCCAACUGCCUCGGAAUCACUGGUCAAGGACGAUGGUGACCAUACCAAACCGAACUAUGAAUAUCGAUGUACUGGUGACCUUAUUGGACGCAUUCGAGCUGUUUUUGACGCUGGCGCUGAAGAAUGCCGACCGAGUUCCGGUUUCAGCCAGCGUGCCCCCGCGACCCAGCUCAAGAGCCAGCGUGUCGAGCGUCGACACAUCUUCACCCUUGAUGGCGAAACUGAGGACAGUGCUCCAGAAGCCACCGCUGAGACAUCUACUACGAAUGCCAACAGCGAUUCAGAAUCCGACAGUUUUUGUCUAGUCUGGGAUGCCUUUGAUUUCAACCUGCCACGCAAGGCACCAAUUAGCGACCAACAAGUACUGGACGACUUUGGGCUGCAGGACGCUGCUGCAGUGCAUUCGCGAAUCACACGGAUCCUCGAGAGCGCUGUUGCUGUACAGCAGGCAGAAGUCACCGAAGCUGCUGCUGCGCUGUGGAUUCGUGAUAACCCGUCGUGGAUCAGUAACCUGACAGGUCUCUAUUCGGGGCAAUGCUUCCGGUCGUCGCCGCCGGCAAUCGUCUGUAUCGUCGUUCCAGUCGCCCAUGAGCCCGGUGUCGUCGACCCACCCAAUUCUCCUUACGCUGCUCAACAGCCUUGCAUAUACGGUGCGCAUGAUUUGAGUCCAACCUCAGCUAGCACACCGUCACCCAUGUCGACUACCACUGGCAGUGUGGUCAACGAACGCCCCCACAUGCGAUUCUCGGCGCGUACAAGCAAUCCGCUGAUCCCGCACGUCAACUCGAUGCUGCGCGAGUACAAUAACAACGCGCAGCAGUUCAAGCUAAUCCUGCCAUUUGUUCUUCGCAUGUUCACCGAGCUAUGCGAGCGUAUUGCAAGCAACUCGCAGACACAGGAUGCGACGCAAAAGGCAUAUUCGCGCGAGCUUUACGAGCUGUAUGCGAAAAUGGUCGACAACUGCAUUUUGAUCUCGGGUCGCUCGUUCGAUCAGACCACGUGGCUGAGGCGCACCAACGCAGAUACAAAUUCCCAGGUUGAGCUGGUGGUCCGCACUGACGCGUCAAACACUCCCACUGACGAUGUGCGUGUGGUCUCAGAGGCCGACGUCAUUGAGCAGAUCUUGACGUACAUCAGCCAAUCGGUCAUUCCGCAGUUUGCACUGCUGGUUCCCGACUAUGAGCGCCAGGUUAACAUUGCUACCAAUCUGAUGCACUAUGCGGUAACACCGGCGCUGAAAUCACACAUGACUGCCAUCCAGGCGUCGCUGAUGAAGGUGUGGCGCCGCGAGGUGUGGGAUUUCUUUUGCGACGGAAAAUUCUUCCCCAGCUCGACCGCUGCCGACCUUGUUACGAUGGCACCCGAUCUUAUGCCCUGGUGGCGCCACCUGGUCAAGACCCUGCUGGCUUCUGAGAAGGACAAGUUUGCUGAGGUGCUCGCUAAGGUUACGUCGACCUCAUCUGGACCGGCACUGUUUGCGAACCAUCCAGGAAAAGCUAGUGGAUAUCCUGAAAAACAACCCACAUCCAGCGGUCCAGAUCGAGGUGUUCCUGUGCCUGCGUGUUCUCUUGUGCCGUGUAUCGAGCCACCACAUGUCGAACUUUUGGCCAAUGCUGCUUACCGAGCUUAUGCGGCUGUGUCUGCAGCAACUGAGGCGCGAAGGGCAGCGAAGAGAUCGACCAAGCCAACCUCUUUUUGGCUGCAUGCAAGUUCCUGGACCUGCUGCUUUAUCCUGGGCACCGACGAUUUCUUGGUACACCAGUGGAUCUUUAUCACCGACACUAUCGACGCUCUCUACGGGUCCCGCAGCGCCUCGUACGCCUUGCUGGACCAGCUCAGCACACGCCUCUUGUCGAUGCCGACCAGACAUGGAAUCCGUCGCGCCCAUGUCUCGGUUGGCCUGGAUAAUGGCACUUAUCCUGCUCUGUUGAUAACCGACUCUGAUGAUCCAACCAACCUGGUCUACCAGCAGAUGUCGAGGCGUGGUGAGGAAAUUGCUGGAGAGCUCAGUAUGAGCGAGGGAAGCCUGCAGUCACUUGGUACCCGCCCGUUGAAGCGCCCGAUCAUUAGGGUACGGUCGGUCACAUCCAUUCGCGAGCUCGACGCGUUUGUACACAACGCGUCUGUGCAGGCGUAUCAGACCGCAUAUACAAUGGCGGAACCAGACAUGCAGUUCAUUGAGGCAUUGCUGGUCAGCGAUCUCAUGUACUUCGACUUUGGCUCUGUUCCUUCGAGCAAUAUCUACCAGCAGCAACAACCCACGGCUGGGACUCAAAUCCCAUCUUCGGAGUUUUAG